AUGGCCAGCUCUAGCAGCAACGGCGCCAGAGAAGACUCUCAACGAUCCUUGACCGCUUCUCACUCCUUUUCGCCGACCGUUACGCAAAGUUCCACGACAGCUUCCGGUGCGUUUCCACUGCUAAUGGACUACUCCCAACCUUCCAGCGCUCGAACCUCCAAUCUGGCUUCAUCCGACGUCCCGACCUUUCCCGCAACCACAUCCCCCCUUGCCACAAGCUCCCAUGGGACGUCCCGCCGACACGUGCUGUCCCACAUCGACGACAUCUUCAAGUGCACGAUCUGUUUCGGUAAGCUGGAAGAGCCUCAUCUAUGUCCGCGCUGCUCGAAGCUGUACUGUUACGACUGCAUCGGGGAGUGGCUCGAUUCGGGCAGCAGUCAGAGCUGCCCAAACUGCAAAAUUACCCUCCAGCUGGAUCAGCUCGUGAAAGUGCGGUGGUUCGACGACAUUCAGAAGCUGCAGCACAACCUGCGCAGUCCGGAGUUGCCGCCUCGGGCGGACGAUUCGCUCGAGUCCUCGGAGGAGGAUCGAGAUGGCGGGAUAGGAGUGGAUGAGCAGUGUCCCCGGCACGGUAAGACGCUCAACUUCUACUGCUCCACGUGCAAGCAGUGCAUCUGCGAGGUAUGCGCCACGGACAACACCGAAGGGCGCCACCGGGAUCACACGUUUAAGGCGCUGCAGGUGACGUACGAACAGCACGUCGAGUUGCUGGAGGCCGAACUGGAGAAGGUAGAGCACUAUCGGGACAAGGUGGCGACGUUGGUGAGCAAGAUCGAGCGGAAUGCCGAGCUAAUUGGACGCGUGAAGGUUGUGAAGCACGCCGAGCUGGAGGCGAUCAUGGUGUCUGCGCUGAAGAGCCUCGAUCGGCAGGAGCAGGACAUGCUGUCGAAGGUGCGCACCCAUCGGUACUCGCUGGUGCACGACCUGGAGCAGAUCGAUGCGAAGCUGCAGGAGAUGCGCUGUGACAUGGCCGUUUGCACCAAGCCGCAGCUGAUCGAGAUGAAAUCGAAGAUCUUCAGCGCAUGCAACGCGAUCCGAAUGAGCCCGAUAAAGGACUUCAAGCAGAUCCGUGUACCGGCGAGUCUGAAGAUCGAAAUACCGAACCUCUUCGAGACGGGCAUCUUUGUGGUGCAGAACUUUUCCACCUUCGACGACAACAAGGUGGUGUACUCGAACGAGUUCUCCGAUUGUCUGGGGCGUACCUGGCGCAUUAUGGCGUGGUGCGUAAUAUCGGAAGAUCAUUUCGGGAUCUACCUCGAACUGGUGAACGGGAAACCGUGCUGGAUGGAGUGCACGUUCCAGCUGAUACACGUCGAUCCGGAGAAGACGAUCAGCAAAACGAUUCGCCAGUACUUUGACCGCACGCCACAAAAGGGCUGGGGUUUGCGAGACUUUGUGACGCUUCGGACGAUCCUAAGCGAGAACUACCUCCGGGAUGACGAUUCGCUCGAGUUGCUGUACAACAUACGGCCCUGUGCCUCUGCCGAUUCGUAGUUUCCCUCGAAAGGGAGCACCUAGAC